UUUAAUAGGAGGAGGAUGAGAGGUCGGUCCAUCAAUUGUAUGCUGCGGAGGAGUAAGAAGCAGCCUCCCGUAAGAGUAGCCAGGAGGGGAGGAUAAGAGGAUGACCCGUCAGUGCACUACGGAGGAGAUUGAUUGCUCAAACCGUACUAGCAUUCAGGAGUCGGACUUCGAUGUCUUUAACACACCGGCGAGCCUCGAGCUUAGGUGACGAUGCAGUUGAUCAGGUGUGGCCGGAUCCUCCGCUCCACCAGCAUCAGCCCCCCCGCAUCCCCGCACGUAUCGACGCCAUCAUCCGUCCGUGCGGAGACGCGGUCCUCAUCACGGGAGAGGUAGAGGGAUACUGGACUGGCUCAACUCAACCGACUUUUCGGGAGUGACCUCGAAGUAUAAAAAAUGAGUGGUGGAAGGGAAUCUGUCAAGAGUGGUUCGCGUGGUGCUGUCAAGUGGAACACACGGCAUGCUCUCUCUCUAUCUCUCUCUAUAUAUAUCAGAUUAAUUAACUAACCACAUAGGAGCUAGCUCACUUCACCUCUCUCGCUGUGUGUUGCUGAAAGGAAUCAGACAAGCUAGCGUGGUUCGCGUGGUGCAGCAACUUGUCAAGUGGAACACACUUAUGUAUAUAUUACACAUCAUCUUAAUUAGCAACACAGGAGCUAGCCCUCUUCACCUCUCUCUCUAAGCUCUAUCUCGUGGUGCAGCAACUUGUCAAGUGGAACACACAGCAUGUAUAUAAACACAUCAUAUUAAUUAGCAACACAGGAACUAGCUCACUUCACCCUCUCUCUCUCUAAGCUCUCUCUCUCUCUAACACAGAAAGAGAGAGAGGGCACGCAGAGCGAAGAAUGGGGUUCUCGGCGUUGUUGCCAUGUAUAGUAGCAACGCUGAUCACCAUUCAUGUGGUGUACGUACUGCAUAAAUACAAGCGAAAGAGAGUUUCGCGUAAAUCUCUUCCUUCGCCCCCUGGCCCCGUCGGGCUCCCCCUCCUCGGGAACUUAUUGUACGUCAUCGGGCCGCUCCGCCGCAACCCGCACCACGCGCUUGCUUCCCUCGCCGAAACCUACGGGCCCGUUGUGUCCAUCCGACUUGGCAUGACCCGCACCAUUGUCGUGGUGUCAUCACCCGCCGUGGCCCGCGAGGCCCUCGCGAAGAACGACGCAGCGCUGGCGGCCCGGCUUGUGCCGGACACCGUGCGCGCCCUCUCGUACAGCGCGACGUCCAUGGUCUUCGUCCCGAGCUCCGACCAGCUGUGGAAGCAGGACCGUGUCAUAAUCGGCGCCCGCUUCUCUUCCAGCCGGGGCCUCGACGCCAUCCGGCCGAUCCUGGAACGCCAUGCUCGCCAGCUCAACGACUACUUCAGGGCAUGCUCUGGCAGGCCGGUCAUCAUCAGGGAGGCCGUGAACUGCACCGUGCUCAACGUCGUAUCCAACAUCCUCUUCUCCGAGGACGUGGUGGACUUGCGUGUGCCGGGCACGCAGCAGUUCAAGGGCCUCAUUGCGCCGGUACUCGAGGAGUGGUCCAGAUCCAACGUCGCCGACGCCUUCCCGUUCCUCGCACCAAUUGACCACCUCCUUGGCUCGCGCCGCCGCAUCUCCAUACAUCUGGCCAAACUGUUUAAGUUCUUCGACCAACAGAUCAUUGGGCGCCGGUUGGCUAGCACUAGCAGUGAGAACCACAACGACGUGUUGGACGUCCUCCUCGCGCGGCACGCCGAUUCCAAGCUCACGCGCCAAGAGAUCACUACGUUUUUGACAGAUAUGUUUAUUGCCGCGAGUGACACAAGCACGGUCACCGUGCAACGGGCUAUGGCGCAGCUGCUUCGCCAUCCAGAGAAGAUGGAGAAGGUGAGUGCCGAGCUUGCAGCAUGCCUGGGCUCCGACGACCUUGUCAAGGAGAGCGACCUCGACAAGCUUCCCUACCUCCAGGCCGUGGUGAAGGAGACACUGAGACUGCACCCAGCGGUGCCGCUAAUACCCCGGGAGGUGGUUGCCGACGGAGUGUCUCUGGGCGGAUUCCCCGUGCCGAUUGGAACGGGCGUUGUUGUCAACUUGUGGGCAAUCGGAAGGGACCGUACAGCGUGGCCUCAGCCUGAGGAGUUCAUGCCGGAAAGGUUCUUGGUCGGUCAGCCGGUGCACUUUCAAGGUACGGACGACUUUGCCUACAGGCCGUUCGGCGCGGGGCGGAGGGUCUGUCCCGGAAUGGACUACACCGCGCGGUCCGUGCCGUUGCUACUGGCCUCUCUUCUGCAUAGAAUCAAAUGGAGACUACCUGACGGCAUGGCACCCAAGGACAUGGACCUCAAUGAUCGCUAUAGCACGGUGCUGGAUCUCGCCACGCCUCUCCGUGCCAUGCCAGUGUCUGUCGUGUGAUGUGUCCGGCCAAGUUACUACACAAGUAACCCCUUCAACCACAAAAGAGCAUCAUACGUGCGGUCAACACAUUUAAACUUUUACUAAAGAAUGCUCUGCACGCUAUAGCCCUACACUACUCUUAGACCCGUCACUAAAAAAAUACCCUCAGAAGAUUACUAAGAUACACGUGUCUGUAAUAAAACCAUCAUAUGUGUGUGCAUAGACGGUUUUUAUAAAUCUGUCUGUUAGUAUCAUAUAGACACAGACGAUUUUUAGCAAA